UACAGGUUGACCAGAGACUGCGGACACAGUGCAGGAGAUGACCAGAGAUUGCGGACACAGUACAGGGAUGACCAGAGACUGCGGACACAGUACAGGGGAUGACCAGAGACUGACUGCGGACACAGUACACGGGUAUGACCAGAGACUGCGGACACAGUACAGGAGAUGACCAGAGACUGUACAGUACAGGGAUGACCAAGACUGCGGACACAGUACAGGAGAUGACCAGAGACAUGCAGACAGUGCAGGGGAUGACCAGAGACUGCAGACAGUAAAGGAGAUUACCAGAGACUGUGGAC